AUGUCGAACUUCCUCCGCGAAGCUCUCACCGACAAGCUUGGCCUAUGGGAAGACCGAGGAUGGAGAGACGUACCGAACGCCGUGCACCUCAGAGCCCUAGUAAACCGCCUGAGAACGCGGUGCGCCAUAACCACAAUGCGUGUCCGGUCACCUACAACAGACAAAGAAACACUGAAAAGCGCGAAACGGGCAAUCCGCAUUGCAGCAAACCUCGGAACCAUCCGCCGUGCCGAUCCGCAGAUCGACGCGAGGUUCCUCCUUUCAGGGGCCCGCCUAAGCACCCUGUCCCAAGCACUAGCACAUAAAAGCAUCAACGCCAUGAACAUAAAGCCGCAACGACAACGCACCAUCAACAUCCUAGACUCCGUCCAACACCACUUCGCCACAGCACUUAAGACGGCCGUCACCCACAAGGACAUAUGGCGAAGCAUACGACACCGCGAUAUCCGCCUCCAGAUUACCGAUUUCUUAUGGAAGAUCACACACGGAGCCAUGCGCUGCGGCGAGUAUUGGGCAAACAUCCCUGGCUAUGAAGAGCGCGCCUACUGCUCAUGGUGCGGUGAACUCGAAUCAAUGGAACACAUACUCCUCGAGUGUACAGCGUCCGGUCAAGAGGUAAUAUGGGUGUUGGCCGAAGAGACUUGGACCCUGAAAGGCCAGCCAUGGAGCACCCCGUGCAUCGCAGAAAUAAUAGGAGUAGGUCUCAGAGCGUGGAAAAAGGCAGGCCCAAGCAAGGAUGAGGAUAAAGAAGCAUCGCGUCUGUGGAAGAUCUUACUAUCGGAAUCUCUCUACCUAAUCUGGAAACUCAGAUGCGAAAGAGUCAUCGGUCACGCCGAUGAGGAGGGAUGGACCCACUCUGACCGAUCAGUGUCCCGGAAAUGGGCACACGCAAUGAACGCACGAAUAUCUCAAGAUAGAGCGAUGACACACGCUCGCUUCGGCCGGACGGCGCUCAAACGAGACCAGGUACUAGGUACCUGGAAAGGUACCCUCAAAGACGAACAACAUCUACCGAGCGACUGGACUCGCUCACGGGUUUUAGUGGGUAUAGCCCCGGGCGCUUUUGACCCCGGGUGA